AUGAGUGUGAUCACGCCUGAUUCUCCUGAUUGUCCUGAAAAAUCAGUUAGGGAAAAGUCCUCAGCGGGUGUUUGUUCCUACGAGGUACGUUAUAAUCCUGUUCAUGCGGCAAUUCCUCCAGAAGGCUACUCGUUGAUAGUAACAUGUGGAGACCGUGGAGAUAUCCUUAUUGAUGUUCUUGGGUAUGCGGCGUGUGUGAAAGGGUACACACGUACAUCACUGGAGCUAAAGCUCGGGAGAGAAGGUACUUGGGAAGUUUCGAAAGUAUCCGGCAGAGUUCUGAGAGAAUACGACCAAACUAAAAAUAUGGCCACACAAAAUGCAAAUGAAAACCUUCGUCAUCCCCGUCGUUUCUCGCUUGUACAUCAAGCGAGUUGUGAGACAAUUCUGCAUGCUGGCGUUAAGCGACAGAACACGAAGAAGCAUCGAGAAGAACUUCGUGAAAUUACCCGUGGAGAACAGAUUCUUCAACAACUCAACGACGAGGGUGUUGAGUUGAUAUGGGCGGCUGAGAAGGGAAGUAUUGCCUUCACGGCGGUGCUUAGCAGUUCUGGAAGUCUAGCAACUUUUGUUGGCGAAGUGAUCAAAGCAUUCGAAUCGAGCAACAUUCACAUUAGUCAUCUUGAGACAAGACAAGGAAAAUCAGGAAAAGGAUGGGACCUACUUGCGGAUUGUGAUGGCACUAAAGAACAACUAAUAGCAGCCGCUGCUGCUCUUACACAACAACAUGUGGAUCUCACCGGUAUCGCUCUAUAUAGAAAGGAUUCUGUGGAAGAGGUGCCAUGGUUUCCAAGACAUAUUUCUGAGCUGGACAAGUGCUCUCGUUGCAUAACCAAGUAUGAUCCAACAACAGAUCCACGUCAUCCGGGACACGGUGAUGCCGCGUACAUUGCUAGAAGGAAGUUUUUGAACGAUCACGCAUUGGAAUAUAGACACGGUGAUCCUAUUCCCAUAGUGGAUUAUACUGAGGAAGAGCAUGCAACAUGGAAGGCUGUUUACGAAAAACUACGAGGUCUCCACGAAACACACACAUGUCUAGCGUAUAGAAAGAACCUCAAAAUGUUGGAGGAUGCAGGAGUGUUGUCGCCAGAGAGAAUUCCACAGAUAAAAGACGUGAACGUUUAUCUUCAGAAGAGGACAGGCUUCAUUCUUCGUCCGUGCUCUGGUCUACUAUCUGCUCGUGAUUUCCUCGCAAGUUUAGCGUUUCGCGUAUUUCAGACGACCACGUACCUACGUCAUAGCGGGAAACCACAUCAUUCUCCAGAACCUGACCUGAUCCACGAACUAUUAGGACAUGUGCCAAUGUUUGCUGAUCCUAUGGUUGCUCAAAUGAGUCAGGACAUUGGCCUUAUGAGCUUGGGAGCAUCAGAUGAACAAAUUGAGAAACUAGCUACCGUUUAUUGGUUCAUAAUCGAAUUUGGUUUGUGCAGAGAAGGUGGCCAAUUAAAAGCGAUCGGUGCUGGAUUAAUCUCUGCUUAUGGAGAAUUGGAACAUGCGUGCUCGGAUAAACCGGAACAUCGUGAUUUUGACCCGGUGACUACUGCUGUACAAAAAUACGAGGAUAGCGACUAUCAGCCGUUGUAUUUUGUCGCACAGAGCAUUCAAGAUGCUCUACACAAAUUAAGGCAUUAUGCACUUUCCAUGGAACGUCCCUUCGCGGUCAUUUAUGAUCCAUUCACAAGAAGUGUAGAGACUAUUCGCGACAUUUCCGACCUGGAACCUGCAUUUUCAAGAUUUCGCAUGGAAUUUUCUGCAACCACACAUGCAUUCGAUAAAUUGAAUCUAAAUAAGUCGUCCAAGUAA